GCGAUAGUACAAUAUGGCAUGGGAAAGCACUUUUCAACACUGUCUGCAGAAGAAAAGGUCGUUUUGAUUAAAUGGUUCUGGGCCUCGACGUGGAGCUAUGCUCUUGGACUUGGGGUGGUCAAGUUGUCCAUCCUCUUCCAGUACCUCCGUUUCAUCCCGAUGCGUUCUUAUCGAAUUAUAUGCUACGUCUUGAUGGCCCUCAUCGUGAGCUGGACACUAUUCGGCUUCUUCGCUUGCUUCUUUAUGUGUAAUCCGGCCUACGACUUUUGGAGAAAACCUCCAGGCGAGGGCGACUGUCUGGACAGGGUGACGAUAUGGUACACUAUGGCUGGUGGCAAUAUUCUCGCCGACAUCUUCAUCACGAUUCUACCAAUUGCGCCGCUGAGCAGACUGAACUUCCCGCGACUUCAGAAAAUCAUUCUAAUGCUGGUCUUCGGCGUAGGAGGCAUCACUUGCAUUAUGUCGGCCUUGCGUCUGCCUGCCAUUCACAAAAUAUCUAAGUCUCUCGAUCCUUCCUGGAACAACCCCACAGCAGCUAUCUGGUCGUCUAUGGAGUUGAACACUAGCAUCAUUGCCUGCAAUAUACCUACCCUGAAAGGUUUGGUGUCACGACUGUUCCCAGCGAUGUCAUUCGGCGACAGCUACAUCCGCACCCGAUCAAACCAGAUACGAGCGAUCAGCUUCACC